UAAUAUAAAUUACCAAAAUUUAAUUAAACCUUCUAAAACUAAGCAACCUACUAUGGUAAUCACAUUUCAAUAUUCACCAUUUUACAAUUUCCAUACUUUGUCUACAUUAUUAUGCAUGCCUUGUUACUAUAGCACCAACUCUUCUGCGUAAGUAUGUCUAAUAUCUAACCUAAUCCCACUACACUAUACCUUACACAAGGUCAAGGAAUACCAAAACCACAUGUUUGAAUCCUAAACCAUAAUAAUGAUAAAAAAUAAUAACGAAACGCUAACAAAUCCUGAAAGAGCAACUACACUUUCUAGUUAACAACUACAAAAACAUGAAAUUAUAAAUAGCCAAAUAACCAUUUCGUGUUUUUGUAUCAUAUCUCAUUUUCAAGUAUCACUUAACCAUGGCUCGACCUCUUUUAGUGAUCCACCCUUCAUUAAGCACUUCAAACAUUGGUUUUGCUGUUAUGACCCUUAUGAUGUGUGCCAUUGCAUUGCUCAUGUGUGCUUCUCAUUCGCGCAAAUGGCGUCAUUGGGUCUCUUGCAAUGCCUUUGUAGAAGAGCCUGUUAUAGAGCUAAACAAUGAAGUUGUGAUCAUGAGUGGUUGUGAACAACAAGAAGAAGAAGAGGCUUCAAUUUGGCAGAAGAAUAUACUUAUGGGUGGGAAGUGUCAGCUCCCUGAUUUUUCUGGUGUCAUAAUCUAUGAUUCCAAUGGCGAUAUAGUAAAUCCUGCUAAAAAUUCUCUUCCAUUACUAACAUGGAAAUAAGGAUGUGAGGAACCCCAACAAGCUUCUUCACUUGAAAUGAAUUAGGGUUCCAUCAGCAGUGAGAAAGAAUACAUUGUUGCAUAUAAAAAUCCAAACAAAACCAAAAGCCAUGCAUUGUCAAUCUAUCAAAGUGUGACUCUUUUGUAUUCAUUUAUACUCUCUCUGUUCCUUUUCAGUUGUCUCUUUUUAUAGUUAUUUUUCUUUUUCCUAUAAUAUCUUUAACUAUUUAUUAUCUCA